ACUUGCAUAUGUGUGAGGCUGUGAGCUUCUGGGAUAUAAUUGGGUGGGAAAACAGACGUUUGGAAAAGCAAUUUGAUGCAGAACUUAUAUUUCUUGGCAGGAUUUGUGCUUGUUGGAGAAAUACUUUCUAUUAAAAAUUUACAGAUGCAAAGUUGUUAAGUGCCCGUGGUAUGAGACAGACUGAUUCGCUUGUUUUAGGAAUUAAUUACUAUUUUAAAUUUGCAUGUCUGUUGGUAUAUUUUAAUUAUCUCCCUCAGUGGUCGUGGUCCUGGUCCUGGUCCUGCCCUUCCCUAGAUAAUUCUGUGUUGACAUAUCUCUGUCAAUCUCUUCAUGAUUCAUGCUGAGUUUAGUUGAAUUCUGUUGGAAUGGACUUAUAAAUUGAUCGAGAUUUCAACAUACCUCUGUCCAUCUCUAUAUCGAAUCAUGGUUUAUUCUAUCAAUGUAACUGUCUCCUUUGCAGUCCUGUUGUUUUCAAUCUUUCUCUACUAUGCACUGAUUGGAAGGUCAAAGACUGCUGAAGGUAGCAAGAGUAGAGAGGCUCCUGAAGCCGCUGGUGCAUGGCCUAUUAUUGGCCACCUACACCUACUCGGUGGGGGUGACCACCUUCUUUACAGAACUCUGGGCGAAUUGGCUAAAGAGUAUGGGUCAGCAUUCACCAUCCGCCUUGGCAGUCGCCGUGCUUUUGUGGUGAGUAGCUGGGAAGUGGCAAAGGAGUGCUUUACAAUUAAUGACAAGGCACUUGCUUCACGUCCUACUACGGUUGCUGCAAAGCAUAUGGGCUAUAACUAUGCUGUCUUUGGCUUCGCACCCUAUAGUUCCUUCUGGCGUGAGAUGCGAAAAUUAGCAACACUGGAACUUCUUUCGAAUCGCCGGCUUGAGAUGCUCAAGCAUGUUCGGACUUCUGAGGUUGACAUUGGAAUAAAAGAGCUAUACAAUUUAUGGGCUAAGAAUAGCUCUCGCCCUGUGCUUGUUGAACUUAAAAGGUGGUUUGAGGAGUUGACUCUUAAUGUGGUAGUUAGAAUGGUUGCUGGAAAACGUUAUUUUGGGGCCUCCGCUGCUUGUGAUGAUGGUGAGGCAAGAAGGUGUCAGAAGGCAAUUAGUCAGUUCUUUCAUCUAAUAGGAAUUUUUGUGGUAGCAGACGCGCUUCCACUUCUCGGGUGGUUGGAUUUGCGGGGACAUGAAAAGGCAAUGAAGAAAACAGCCAAAGAAUUAGAUUCCAUACUUGAAGGUUGGUUGGAGGAGCAUCGACAAAGGAAACUUUAUGGCGGGUUCCAAGAUCAGGGCGAGCAGGACUUCAUUGAUGUGAUGUUGUCACUUCAAGAUGAAGGGCUACUGUCAAAUUUUCAGUAUGAUGCAAGUACGAGCAUCAAGUCUACUUGCUUGGCUCUUAUUCUUGGUGGCAGUGAUACCACAGCAGGUACAUUAACAUGGGCCAUCUCAUUACUUUUGAAUAAUCGACAUGUUUUGAAGAAGGCGCAAGAAGAAUUAGACUCCAAGGUUGGCAUGGAUCGAAAUGUUGAUGAUUCAGACAUUAAGAACCUUGUGUAUCUUCAAGCCAUCAUCAAAGAAACUCUUCGAUUGUACCCAGCUGGUCCUCUUCUAGGACCUCGGGAAGCCAUGGAAGAUUGCACUGUCGCUGGUUACCAUGUCCCAGCUGGCACCCGCUUGAUAGUAAAUGUAUGGAAGAUUCAAAGGGAUCCCAGAAUAUGGGCAAAUCCUUCUGCAUUUGAGCCUGAGAGAUUUCUCACAAGCCAUGUGGAUGUUGAUGUUAGAGGUCAACAAUUUGAACUUAUUCCUUUUGGUUCCGGCAGAAGGUCAUGCCCCGGUGUGUCAUUUGCGCUCCAAGUCCUUACCCUGACUCUUGCUCGUGUUCUUCACGCAUUUGAGUUGGUAACUCCACUUGAUCAACCAAUUGACAUGACUGAGAGUUCAGGUUUAACAAUUCCAAAAGCCACCCCAUUGGAGGUUCUGCUUACCCCUCGUCUUCGUGCAAAGCUCUAUGAACACUCAAGUCUGAACUAAGAGGCAUAUAAGAGCUUAAGGUGAAUAUUGGCGCACGCGGAAUGAUGAAGUCACUUCAUUUCAACUUACGCUUGCUCUUCCGAGACUCUACUACCAGUGAGGGAGCCCUAUUCAAUCAUUAAAUCGAACAAAACCUCCCAGAUACGUUCUUCUUACCUGCCUAUGGCUUUUUUUUUUUUCCUGAUAAGGUCGAAUGAAACAAGUGUUUUUAGGAGUGUAAGAGAUCUCAUGUUUACUCUUUCAUAUUAAAUCUUUUGAGAAUUAUGCAAACAUCUGAUAUAAAACUAGCUUCUAAAUUAUUCUGUAGUCUAUGUGAAGAUACAGUGAGUGGCCUGAGUGACUUGAACAACCUUGCUGUGUACAUAUUAGCAAUCAAGAUAUAUGGUCUUUCUAAAUAAUCACAUCAACAUAAAUGUUUCUGCCCUUCCUGAUAAGUAAUAUCACCUGGUACCCUGACUGUGUCUUAACAGAGGAUUCUCAGUCCAGCUUCUUGUUUGCUUGCUAAAAUGUCUUCUAGAGAUCUGAUCUUUUGUGAUUACCACUUGGCCAUAAAAUAAUAGAAUGCAUUAACUAAUGCUUUAUUGAUAACCUUAGAAUAAGCUUUAAUUUAUAUCUUAUCAAGAUCUAUUACGUAUAUUUUUUUGUUUUUAAAUUACUCUUUCAUGAUGCUUAUCCUGAAGAAGAAUUUGAUUUAAACCAUUUAUUUGUCGCAUUCGGCCUAUAAUAUUCAAAACCCCACCACCAUGCUUAGAG